AUGAAAUUAUAAAUUGCUGAGAAAAUAGUCAAUUUAUUUAAAUUGAUAUAUAUCUUUUAAUUUGUAAAUUGUACUUUGGUUAUAAAGCCUAUUCGUUUAAGCUAUAAUAUUUAGCCAUGCUAAAUGCUUUCAGAAUAAGCUUUAGCUUCUGAUCUAGGAAACAGAUCUGGAUGGAAAAUAAGUAGCCUUUUAGGUGAUUCUAAUACCUCAUUCAAAACCAUUUCUUUUGGUUUAUGGUACUAUUAUUACUAACAAAAAGAUGGAUAAUAAUACGAAAUAGGAAUAUCUACUGGAUAUGAUAGUUUAGAUUUAUCACUUGAACAGAAUUUAAUUGGUUUCUGGCACAAUGGAGGCCAAAAAAAUGUCUAAUUUUCAAUAAAUUUAGGAAAUAAAGAUAAUUAAAUACUAACAUUUUCUAGCUUUAAAGAUUCAUAUGUAAAUAAAUGGAGAAGUGCGAUACUUGUAUUUUAUAGUCAAAGUGGUUAAGGAUAUUUACAGAUUAAUGAUGCAUCAUUUGAAGAUAAAUAUGUACUAUCAGUAAAUGUAGGAGAAGUAUCAAGCAUGCUAUAAUCAUAUCCUUAAGCUUUUUUAAAUAUUGAUUAUUCUGUAGGAUCUAUAUAAAACUAUAAUUCAUGCUCUAGAUAGAAAGAUAUCUUUUUUCACUAUUCAACAGACCAAGAAUAUUCAUUAGACUAUAUUUUUCAACUUUAAUUUAAAACUUCUACUUUGCCACUUUUUUACUUUGACUUUAAAUAGUACGACAACUAAGAAUAAGUUGUUAAUAUUUCUCCUAAAAAAAAAUUCAUGUAAAUACAAAUUAAAAACUCAUUCUAAAUCUUUAGUUUUAAUUUUUGA